GGCUGGGAAUGGAGAAGGGAGGAGGGUCGGGGAAGCAGCACGGCAUGUGGUGGUCCCCUGCUGCCUCCUCCCUCCUUCCUCCCUCUCUUCUCUCUCUCCCAUGCACCACCCAGAGAGAGAGAGAAAGAGAGCGCUCUGAGCGGCAGGCGCCCCCGCCCCCUCCGGCGUUCUUGAAGCAGCCAUGGCUCAGGUUGCUUCUUCUUGACUCUGCCUGACCUUUUUUUUUCCCCUCUCUGAGGUUGGCUUUGAGCCUUCAGUAUUUGGUGCCAGUGGGAGGGAGGAAGAGGCAGGGGCGUCGCUCCCAGAGCAUCGUCUUCUAAUGGUAUGAGGAGGAGGAGUGGGGAGUAGAUGGGAGAAGGGCCUCUGCGCAUCCUAUCGAAAGGGAGGAGCCAUGCGAACGAUCUGCGACGUGUGCGAAGGCGCGCCGGCUAUCCUCUUCUGCGCCGCUGACGAGGCCGCCCUUUGCAGAGCUUGCGACGAAAAGGUUCACAUGUGCAACAAAUUGGCUGGCCGGCACGUAAGAGUUUCUAUUGCUACUCCUAAUGCUGUACCUCUAUGUGACAUUUGUGAAAAUGCCCCAGCAUUCUUCUAUUGUGAAAUAGAUGGAAGUUCACUCUGCUUGCAAUGUGACAUGAUUGUACAUGUUGGUGGUAAAAGAACCCACGAGAGAUACCUUGUCUUGAGGCAGAGGGUUGAGUUUCCAGGAGACCAACAAAAUCCUCUACAUGAUCAGGCCUUGCAGCCUACGGAGCUUUUAGAACCUAGGCGGGUGCAGAAUCAAAUGGCUCAACCAGCAACACCCAUACCAGUAGAAGGCCCCAAAGAAAGGAUUCAGAACAACCACUGGGCACCAACUAUUCCAGCCAAUGAUACUAAUCUUAUUGAGAAUGAGAAGCCAGAUUCAAAAAUGAUAGAUCUCAAUGCUAGACCACAUUGGGGACAAGCUUCAACAUCUGACCAGGGGCGCUGAGUCAUGUGGUUUUUUCCCGCAAUAUUGAAGAAUCUCAAGAACUGUUAAUCUGUUCAUAUCCUUGACAAAAGAUUUCUUUUCUAAAGGAUGUUGUUUCUGUUUCAGAAGGCAUAACAGGGACUGGUUGUCAAUUCUCAUGGCUUAGUCACGGUUCCAAGCAUAGCUGUUUUGAAUACCUAUUAGAUGUUUAGUUUACAUAUAUGCUUGCUGGUCCCCUUCAGUGUUUCCUCCUGGUUCUGUAAAAUUUCUGACAGUCUUGUAGGGCACUCAAUGUGUUCAACAUAUGGAACAUUGUGAGAGAACUGUAGUCUGUAUGAUAAUACAUUUCACGAAAUGGUUGUCCUUAGCUGGAAGGAACCAGACGAUGAUGGUGGGAUGCUUAUAAAAAGCAAUUUUAGAAAGUUUGCUUUUGAAGUA